UAUAUGACGUCAUAUAGUAGAUAUAUCGAGUCAUCGAUAUGUUUUCUAGUUCUAUCAGUUUGAGGAGUCUUAGGUGUCUGAGAUUCCGAUUUCUUCAGUACUUGAUCAGCACUAAUCAGCGCCCGUGCGGUUAUUGUCAUCACAGCAACUUAUAUUUCUACAGAAUAGUGACGAUAACCAUGACCUUGAAAUAAAUUAUUAUUCUAGUUUUAUUGAACAAUAAAAAUAUUUUUCAUUAUUUAAAGUUAAAAAUGUGUACAUCAUUGUCAGUACUUAGUCAAACAAGUUUUAAUACUAGUAUUUUAAAACUUGGAAACAAGUUAAAAUGUUGUCAAACACUUGGACUCAUUAUUAAACUCGACAAUACAACUAGGAGGCUGUAUGUUAAAAAUAUACCACAAAAAUUGUCACCGGCGAACUGCAGUUUAUCAGCAUCAUCUUUCAACUAUCAUCAAAGAUUAUCAUACGGAACAACAGCGAUAGUGUCUGGAGUUCCGGGUGCUCUUUCAAAACAGCAAGCUAAAGAUUUAGCCGUACGACUUACAUCCGAGGAGAGAGAAGUUUUAAUAGCAGCUCUGAAAGAAUGCCAAUCAAAUUCAGUUAGAGCUGAGUAUGAAGGUCAAUUGGCUGCAUUUCGAUGGAGAAGUAAAUUUGGGCGGCCAACUGGUGUGCCAAGUCUGGGUGAAGUCGAUCCAACUGGAAGUUAUUGUGCUGUACCUGAUGAUUGGCUAUUGAGGAAGUAUGUGGAUCCAUGCAGCGAACAGCCGGAAACAGUCCCACAACCGACACGUCGUGAUUUAAUGCGAGUAUCAAUCGCAAAUGCCAUUCCUUUUAUUGGAUUUGGUUUCCUCGACAAUUUUUUCAUGAUAAUUGCGGGCGAACAUAUUGAAGCGUAUCUGGGUGCAAUUAUUUCAAUAUCAACAAUGGCAGCAGCUGCACUCGGAAAUACAAUUUCAGAUAUAUUGGGAAUAGGAUCAGCUACAUAUGUUGAAAGGUUAGCUCAGAAAAUAGGAUUUAAGCCUCCUAAACUCACACCUAUUCAAUUGGAUUUACCACGCUCUAGAAGGGCUGCGAAUAUGGGUCGUGUAAUUGGUGUAACAAUUGGAUGUAUACUUGGAAUGACUCCCCUAUUUCUUCUUCACACUGAAACUAAAGAAGAAAAAGAAAAAGGAAUAGUGUGAUUUAAUUAAACUAUCAUAUCAGACAAACUUUUAAACUGUUUAUAGAUGCCAUAUUUUUUUUCAUUACUAUAUAAUUUAAACUCGAAAUUUUCUAUUGAUUGGAUCACAUCUGCAUCGAUGCUUUUUUUUUUUUUUUUUUUUAUUAAUAACCAAUGUAAAUAAUGUGUCGUUA